AUGAGAGAUGGAAGGUAUAAUAGAAGUAAGACUGACACUAUAGGUGGAGGUUUAAGUGGCAUUGGAACUAAUUUGGGUGGCACAUUCGGGAGUGUUGGGCCAACUAUUGAGGAAUUGGAUUCGGAUUAUGACAAGCCAUAUGAUUAUGAAAGUGAAGCAUUCAACAGCCCAGUGUCAUCUGAGGAUGAAGGGAGGACUGCAUAUGAUGCCCUUAAUGAAGAAACUGAGUACGGGGAGGUUGAAUUUGAAGUUGGACAAACCUUCACUACAAUGGAAGCAUUCAAAAGUGCACUGAAGGAUUACUUCGUAUAUGAGGGUAAAGAUGUUAUGUAUCUAAAGAAUGAGAAGCAAAGGGUCAGGGCAGCCUGUGCAAGUGAAAAUUGUUCAUGGCUAAUAUUGACAUCAUGGAACAGUGCACAUGGAUGUUUUCAAGUAAAAACUUUGUUCAAUGAGCAUAAUUAUGGGAGGGAUUUCAGCAGCAACCUUGUUGAUAGGCAGUGGAUAACUUUAAAGUUAGUUAAGAGGCUUCUUAUUCAGCCAGACAUGAAGCCAAAGCAAGCUAUGGAAUACAUGAUCAAAGACUACAACAUCCAACUGAGUAGUAAAAUGAUAAGCAAGGCACUUAAGGCAGCUAGGGAGGAGGUAAUUAGCGACGAAGGAACACAAUACGGUAAGAUUAGGGAUUACCUGAUGGAACUGCAUAGGACAAACCCUAGUUCAACUGCAAGAUUAGACAUGAUACCUCAGCCAGAAUCUUUUCCUUUGUUUGAUAGACUAUAUAUAAGUUUGGAUGCUUGCAAGAGGGGCUUUAUAGAAGGAUGCAGGCCUUUGAUUGGAUUAGACGGUUGUUUUCUUAAGGGCUAUUAUGGCGGUCAACUAUUAUCUGCAGUGGGUCAAGAUGGCAAUAACAAUAACCAUUUCUUUGUUAUUGCAUAUGCAGUUGUGCCAAAUGAGUGUAAGAACACUUGA